CGGCACUUCCUUUCUCUAUCGUUUGUGGUGAAAUCAAGAUGAGUUCGCUCAAGUUACAGAAGAGGCUUGCCGCCUCCGUGAUGGGAUGUGGCAAGAAGAAGGUGUGGCUGGAUCCUAAUGAAGUGAAUGAGAUUGCCAACACCAAUUCCCGCCAAAACAUCCGGAAGCUGGUGAAGGAUGGUUUGAUCAUCAAGAAGCCUGUGGUGGUGCACUCCCGCUACCGCGUCCGCAAGAACACGGAGGCGCGUCGCAAGGGUCGCCACUGUGGCACAGGAAAGAGGAAAGGUACUGCCAACGCCAGGAUGCCCGUGAAGUAUCUCUGGAUGCAGCGUAUGCGUGUGCUGAGGCGUCUGCUGAAGAAGUACCGCGAUGCCAAGAAGAUCGACCGUCACCUGUAUCACGAUCUGUACAUGAAGAGCAAGGGUAACGUGUUCAAGAACAAGCGCGUCCUCAUGGAGUACAUCCACAAGAAGAAGGCCGAGAAGCAGCGCACGAAGAUGCUGAACGAUCAGGCGGAGGCGAGACGUCAGCGCGUUCGUGAGGCCAGGAAGCGCCGCGAGGAGCGCAUCGCCACCAAGAAGCAGGAACUCAUGGCGUUGCACGCCAAGGAGGAUGAAGCCGCAGCUGCUCUCGCCUCGGCGUCCAGGAAGUAAGUCCGGAAUAAAGCGCUAAAGGACAAGA